UCUGGCUACUAGUAGUUCACUUGGCACGGCCAAAACAUUUCGAAAUCCCAGCCCGGAAAAUCCCCACGCCUCGAAAUUUUUCCCGCCCGAGCCCACGAAACCCUAGCCGGAUCUCCGGCCGGCGGCGCCCCCGGCGGCCGGCGAGAUGCACAUCAAGGAGGUGUGCCUGGAGGGGUUCAAGUCGUACGCGGGGCGGACGGUGGUGCCGGGGUUCGACCCGCUGUUCAACGCCAUCACCGGCCUCAACGGCUCCGGCAAAUCCAACAUCCUCGACUCCAUCUGCUUCGUGCUCGGCAUCACCGACCUCCGCCAGGUGCGCGCCGCCUCGCUCCAGGAGCUCGUCUACAAGCAGGGCCAGGCCGGGGUCACCAAGGCCACCGUCUCCAUCGUCUUCGACAACUCCGACCGCGCCCGCUCCCCGCUCGGCUACGAGGACUCGGCCGAAAUCACCGUCACCCGACAGAUUGUAGUUGGUGGACGGAACAAAUACCUCAUCAAUGGCCAUCUUGCACAACCUUCCCGGGUGCAGACUCUUUUCCACUCUGUGCAGCUUAAUGUGAACAAUCCUCAUUUCCUAAUUAUGCAAGGACGCAUUACGAAAGUGCUGAACAUGAAGCCUCCAGAAAUUCUUUCCAUGUUGGAAGAGGCAGCAGGGACAAGGAUGUAUGAAAUGAAGAAGGAAUCUGCUCUUAAAACACUCGAGAAGAAGCAGAAUAAAGUUGAAGAGAUAAAUAAACUCCUUGACGAUGAAAUCCUUCCUGCACUAGAGAAACUUAGAAAAGAGAGGUGCCAGUACAUGAAAUGGGCCAAUGGUAAUACUGAACUAGAUCGACUCAAAAGAUUCUGUAUUGCUUACGAGUUUGUUCAAGCUGAGAAAGUGCGAGAGAGUGCACUCAGUGGUGUAAACCAAAUCAGGGCAAAGAUUGUUGAACUGGAUGAAAGCACAGAGAAGCUAAACGGAGAGAUACAUGAAAUGGACAAAAACAUAGCUACCUUAGCUGCUGAAAAAGAAGCCAAACUAGGUGGUGAGAUGAAGGUUUUGUCGGAGAAAGUAGAUAAGAUCCAACAUGCACUUAUUAAGGAAACUUCUCUGAUGAAUAAUGAAGAGGAAACUCUAAGGUCAGAAGAAAAGGCUGCUGACAAGAUUCUCAAGAGCAUUGAGGACAUCAAGAGAUCUAUAGUUGAGAGAGAUGCUGCUGUAAAAAAGGCAGAGGAUGGUGCAUCUGAUAUGAGUAAGAGAGCAGAGGAUCUGACAAAGGAGUUAGAUGAAAGUGAGAAAGAAUAUCAGGGUGUGCUAGCGGGAAAAAGCAGUGCAAAUGAGAAGAAAUGCCUAGAAGAUCAACUUAGGGAUGCAAAAGCUGCUGUUGGAGAGGCAGAAUCUGGACUAAAGCAGCUGAAGACAAAAAUAAGCCAUUCUGAGAAGGAGCUGAAAGAGAAGAAAACUCAGAUGAAAUCCAAGCGUGAUGAAGCUACUGCAGCUGAGAAAGAGCUGAAAGCUAGGACAAAAGACUUGGAAGCUAUCAAGGCAUCCAUGGGGUCUAUAAAUUAUGAAGAGGGCCAGAUGGAAGCUCUGCAAAAGGAUCGAUCGUCAGAGGUAGAGGUGGUUCAGAAAUUGAAUGACAAAGUUCGUGCGCUUACUGGUGAGCUGGGAAAUGUCCACUUCAGCUAUAGAGACCCUGUUAAGAACUUUGAUAGAUCAAAAGUGAAAGGAGUAGUUGCACGGCUUAUAAAGAUAAAGGAUAGCUCAACAGCAACGGCAUUGGAGGUUGCUGCUGGAGGAAGGCUAUAUAAUGUGGUUGUUGACUCAGAAACCACUGGAAAGCAGCUCCUACAAAAUGGUGAUCUCAGAAGAAGGGUAACCAUUAUACCGUUGAAUAAAAUACACACAGGUACUAUACCUGAUAGAGUCCAGCAGGCAGCUCGUAGAAUGGUUGGAGCCGAAAAUGUAACAUUAGCUCUAGAACUGGUUGGCUAUGACGGAGAAGUAAAGAAUGCUAUGGCUUACGUCUUUGGUUCGACAUUUGUGUGUCGAAAUAUGGAGGCGGCAAAGGAGAUUGCCUUUAAUAGGGAUGUCGGCAGUACUAGUGUGACACUUGAAGGUGACAUUUUUCAGCCUAGUGGUCUAUUGACUGGAGGUAGUCGCAGAGGUGGUGGAGACUUACUAAGGAAACUCCAUGAAUUAGCUAAAGCUGAGGCUGAUCUCUCUGACCAUAAGGACAGGCUCUCCAUUAUUGAACAGAAGAUCGCUGCGCUUCUGCCUCUGCAUAAGAAGUACGCCGAGUUGAAAUCUCAGUUUGAGCUCAAAUCAUAUGAUCUGUCAUUAUUUCAGAACAGAGUUGAGCAAAAUGAACAUCACAAGUUAGGUGAACUUGUAAAGAAACUCGAGCAAGAGCUCGAGGAAUCAAAGAAUGAGUUAACCGAUAAGCAAGUGCAGUAUAAAAAAUGUGUCUCCACUGUUUCUGAGUUAGAAAAGACGAUUAAGACUUACGGCUCUGAACGUGAAGGUCGGCUCAAAGCUCUAGAAAUGAAGAUCAAGUCAUUGAAAUCAGAAAUGCAGUCCAUGUCGAAGCAGUUAAAGGCUCAUCAAAGUGAGAGGGAAAGACUGAUUAUGGAGAAAGAUGCAGUUGCUAAUGAGCUUGCUCUGCUUGAAGAGCAAUUAAUAACUUCAAAAGCUCAGAUUACUGCUCUGUCGGAAACCUGGGGCACAUAUCAGAGCAAGGUUGCUUCCACAAAGCUAGAUUUGGAUCAAGCUGAAUCUGAGCUCAAUAUUGGCCGUUCCAAACUGAAGGAAUGCGACACACAAAUAAACUCCCUGUCCAAGGAGCAGCAAAAACUUCAGCAGCUACUUAGUGAUUCAAAUGUUGAAAGGAAGAAAAUGGAAAACGAGGUUAAGAGGAUGGAGAUAGAGCAGAAGGAUUGCUCUUCAAGGGUUGAUAAGCUAAUGGAGAAGUACACUUGGAUUGCAACUGAGAAACAGUUGUUUGGAAGAAGUGGUACGGAUUAUGACUUCGCCUCGUGUGAGCCACACAAAGCACGGGAAGAACUUGAAAAUCUUCAAGCUCAACAAUCAGGUCUUGAGAAGAGGGUUAAUAAGAAAGUCAUGGCAAUGUUUGAGAAGGCAGAGGAUGAAUACAAUGAUUUGAUAUCGAAGAAAAAUAUCAUCGAGAAUGACAAGGCGAAAAUCAACAAAGUGAUAGAAGAGUUGGAUGAGAAGAAGAAAGAGACCUUGAAAGUCACAUGGCUCAAAGUUAACAAGGAUUUUGGGUCUAUAUUCAGUACUCUUCUACCUGGUACAAUGGCAAAACUUGAUCCUCCUGAAGGUGGUACCUUCUUGGAUGGCCUUGAAGUUCGUGUGGCAUUUGGAACAGUUUGGAAGCAAUCUUUAUCUGAACUCAGUGGAGGACAGCGGUCCCUUCUUGCUCUUAGUCUUAUCCUGGCUCUACUUCUUUUCAAACCUGCGCCGCUUUACAUAUUGGAUGAGGUUGAUGCUGCGCUUGAUCUGAGCCACACCCAAAACAUUGGUAGAAUGAUAAAGGCACAUUUCCCGCAGUCCCAGUUCAUUGUUGUGUCGCUAAAAGAGGGUAUGUUCAACAAUGCCAACGUGAUAUUCCGAACGAAAUUUGUUGAUGGGGUGUCCACUGUGACACGAACAGUCCAUUCAAAUAAGAAAUGAUAGGCAUGAAUUAUUCUGAGAAACGUGCAAUGCAUGGAGACAGUCUGUGUGAAGAGCGCUCUUUGGCCACGAUAUUCAACUAAUCGGCCCCCAAUGUUGUGCACUAGUACGAUUUGCCUGUUGGCUGUUGCUACAAAACGGCUCAAGCCCCUCGCUUGUCAUGGCCCUUAACAUCGGGACAUCUUUGCAAACCUAUGUAACUCUGUAUUAGAACAGGUUGUUAAGUUGGUGUAUAUAUUUAACUAAUUGCUUCUUAUUUU